CACUGCAGCCUGGGCGACAGAGUGAGAUUCCGCCUCAAAAAACAAAACAAAACAAAACAAACAAACAAAUAAACUAGGUAGUGAGAGCCAUACAGAUAAAACUAUAAUUCCCCUCCUCACAUAUCUUCAGUAAAUGGCAUUGGAGAAGGAUUACGUUGUUUAAUGCUAUAUCUACAAUUUAAGUGAAAUGUUUUUGGUGUUAGUAUUUCUCUGGACCACUUGUUACUGCCUCUCUUGUCUGGUCUUUAUGCUGUCACUUCUAGCUGGUGACACACCUAAAACAGGUCUGAGGACUUACUGCUUUAGCCUACAUAAUACUGCCAUUCAGAGCCUGAGAAUCUUUUCUCUGCUACUGUGUUUUUCUCCUUUUGCUCCCUAUACUCAGGAGUGUGUGUCAUAGGGCAGGCCGAGUUUCAUUAAGCUCCUAAUGUGGAUAUUGGAAACCCCACCUGUGUGCCAAGUCCUUUUGGCUGUGAGCAAAGUGGAGGCUUGGUACUUGUCAUUCCUUUGCAGCAGUUGAGCUGAAGGAAUGCUGCAUGGCUUGUUGGAAGUUGUUUGGUGGCCUUGAGUGGGGUGUGUAUGAGGGUGUGUGUAGAGAGGUGAGGGUCUUAUAGUCUGUGUGGGAGAUAUGGGUUCUUUUCUGGUGUCAUGUUAAUCAUCAGGCAGUAUUUAUUGACUGCCUCCUUAUGACUAGCACUGUAAUAGGAGCUUUUGGAAUAGAAUAAUAAAAUAUAUAAUUGAGUCAUAGUUUAAUAGUCAAACAUUUCUAGCUCUGCCACUUACCAGCGUUGAAUUGGGCACGUUAAUGUCUUUAAGCCUCCCUUUACUUUUCUGUAAAAUGGAACUAUUAAUAACUAUCUGAUAGGACUGUUGUGAAUAUUGAAUAAAGGACGUAAGUAUCGUGUUUAGCACAUACCUGACUGUAGUUACUAUUUCAUUUCAUGUAGUCAUAUUAUGACAGAUACGAUAUAAAACAGAGGGUAAUAAAAAUAGAGAAUAAUGUGACAGUACACUGUAUAAUCAAAUACUUUAAUUGUGACAUGUAGAUUAUAAAUAGUCUAGGAAUUUACAGAAGGGAAAGAACACUCUUAUGCAACCAUUUAAUAUUCCUGUACCUCAGUUUUUCCACUGGACAUGCUGUAGACAAUGCUAGGUGAUCUCCCAGAGAGUGAUUAAGAUGUUAAAGCAUUUUUGCGUUUUUAGAUGGUGCAUAUGAUGGUGAGAAGGAAGGGAGAAGAUUGAGGAAUUGUUGAUCUUGGCAAAUUUAACACUUAACAUUUAAACAUUUUUCCUUAUGUAGAUGGACAUGGCAGCCUUACAGGAAAACUUAAAGUUGGAGAUGUGGUGAUUUCCUUCCAGGGAACAUACUUGCUUUGGUAUUACUCUCUGUUGCCUCACUGGCAUUUUAAUUAGUUGAAAACUAAAGUUGGUCAAUGGAUUGCCUCUGAUUGUGAGCCCUUGGAUAUAAUCUGGAGAUUAAGUGAUUUGUAACCCAAAUUAUCCCUCUGAUCCUCUGGCAAAAAUGAAACAAACAAACAAACAGGGCAGGAGGAGAUUUAGUUCUCUUGAACUGCAUGUUAAGGACUUGUGGUUUACUCACCAUCAGUGUUUCUCUGGGUGGAACAUCUUUACUCAGAACAGAUCUUAGACUGCUCACAUAGACUGCUCUCACUUUUAAGCAGGUUUUCAUAAGCAUAUUCUUGGAAAACACCUUUUAGAAAGUGCUUUAUUCACAAUGUCCAAAAGAAACUGUUUCAGUUCCUAGUUGGUGUGUGCUUACUUGGUGAUUUGUUUUGUGUUAGCCUGAUACUGGAAAGUUUGUAUUUGGGUUUUAUUUCUAUCCAGAUCAACUUUCUUGUGUUUCAAGAAAAUUGCAGAUAAUUUUCCCCUGAAAGUAAAGCUGUUCAUACCUUUUUUCCAUCUCUUUAGUUUGGGUCUCUCUCUCUCUUUUUUUUUUCCUUUUUUUUUUUUGGCAUUGUUUGCCAAGGUUUCCAGUUUAUAGCAAGAGGUGAGGCAACGUUGAUCUUGGCAGAACAGUCCAAAGCCAGUAGAGUCAUUAAGUGACGCAAGCUUUUGAUUUUUUUUAUUUCUGUUAAAGUUCUCUGACACAGCUGGCUAUUCUAGUCCCAGAAGAAAGAGGAGAGACUUGCUGAAGAUUUGGAUGAGACAAUAGAAGUUUGGGGCACAUUAAAAAGAAGGAGCAAGAACAUCAACAAAAACCUCAGAUGAUUCAAACAGGCUUCUUCUUGGCUUUGUGGAACCUUUUGCAGUUGCUCAGAAUUUGAGUUUUUGCUUCAGAGGAUGAUGAGACAAGGCAAUAAAGGGCGAGGAGGGUUAUGUUGGAUUCUUGCUUAUCUGUCUACCUCUCCUUCCAGUUGGAAAAAUCUUCAGUCCAUAAGAAGCAUUAUCAACAAGCUUGAAGAACACAUCUUACCCUGAUCCUGGAUGCUGCUGGAGUUGAGAAUUACACCCACUUCACCAGGACGUUAUUGAGGCUGUUCAAGAAAAAUAGAAGGAAGCAAUACUUAAGGAUUUCUCUGUUUGCAUUAGUCCUGUGCCAUGUUACAUUUUGGAGAUUGUUUGGAACAAGUGAGGAAGGACUCUGUCAUCUAGAUCUAGGAGGAUACCUGAGUCCCUUGAACUAUGCAGAUGAUAUUUGGAAGGUGGUAAACUCAAAAUCUUCCAACAUAAAUUCACUAAAUUCUGGAUUCCCUUUCCUUUUAGAACUUUAGCAGACAUAAAUUCCUGCCAAAAAGGCACAAAACCUUCUCCGUUUUUUUUCAGGCUAAAUGUGAACAAUAAUGUCUUGGAAGAGAAAUUAUUUUUCAGGGGGUCGUGGUAGUGUACAAGGGAUGUUUGCACCUCGAAGCUCAACCUCCAUAGCCCCUAGCAAAGGCCUCAGCAAUGAGCCAGGGCAAAACAGCUGCUUCCUCAACAGUGCCCUGCAGGUUUUGUGGCACUUGGAUAUCUUCCGACGUAGCUUUAGGCAGCUUACAACUCACAAGUGCAUGGGAGAUUCCUGCAUCUUUUGUGCUCUCAAGGGAAUCUUUAACCAGUUUCAGUGUAGUAGUGAAAAAGUGCUUCCAUCUGACACUCUCCGCAGUGCUCUGGCAAAGACUUUCCAGGAUGAACAACGUUUCCAGCUGGGAAUUAUGGAUGAUGCUGCAGAGUGCUUUGAAAACCUCCUGAUGAGAAUUCACUUCCACAUUGCUGAUGAAACCAAAGAGGAUAUAUGUACUGCCCAACACUGCAUUUCCCAUCAGAAAUUUGCAAUGACAUUGUUUGAGCAGUGUGUUUGUACUAGCUGUGGUGCCACUUCUGAUCCGCUGCCUUUCAUCCAGAUGGUACAUUAUAUCUCCACCACUUCCCUUUGCAAUCAGGCUAUUUGUAUGCUGGAAAGACGAGAGAAACCUUCACCAAGCAUGUUUGGUGAGCUGCUGCAGAAUGCCAGCACCAUGGGGGAUCUGCGGAACUGUCCAAGCAACUGUGGAGAGAGGAUCAGGAUUCGCCGUGUGUUGAUGAAUGCUCCACAGAUUAUCACAAUUGGGCUGGUAUGGGACUCAGACCACUCAGACUUAGCAGAAGAUGUUAUCCACAGCCUGGGAACCUGCCUUAAGCUGGGUGAUCUGUUUUUCAGAGUGACAGAUGACCGGGCCAAGCAAUCUGAACUGUACUUAGUAGGAAUGAUCUGUUACUAUGGCAAACAUUAUUCUACAUUCUUUUUUCAAACAAAGAUUCGCAAAUGGAUGUAUUUUGAUGAUGCUCAUGUUAAGGAGAUUGGGCCCAAAUGGAAGGAUGUGGUGACCAAAUGCAUCAAGGGGCAUUAUCAGCCCCUGCUGCUGCUUUAUGCAGAUCCCCAGGGUACCCCAGUAUCCACCCAGGACCUGCCUCCCCAAGCUGAGUUCCAUUCAUACAGCAGGACAUGCUACGACAGUGAAGAUUCAGGGAGGGAGCCCUCCAUCUCAAGUGACACUCGAACAGAUUCCUCAACGGAGAGCUAUCCCUACAAACAUUCCCACCAUGAGUCUGUGGUCAGUCACUUCUCUUCUGAUUCUCAGGGGACAGUCAUCUAUAAUGUGGAGAAUGAUUCCAUGUCUCAGAGCAGUCGGGACACAGGACACCUGACUGAUAGUGAAUGUAAUCAGAAACACACAUCCAAGAAAGGGUCACUGAUAGAGCGCAAGAGGAGCUCUGGUCGGGUUAGGAAGAAAGGCGACGAGCCCCAGGCCUCAGGAUACCACAGUGAAGGAGAAACACUGAAAGAGAAGCAGGCUCCUAGAAAUGCCUCCAAACCAUCCAGCAGCACCAACAGGCUGAGGGAUUUUAAAGAGACAGUCAGCAAUAUGAUCCAUAACAGACCAUCCCUGGCUUCUCAGACCAAUGUAGGCUCCCACUGUGGGGGCAGGGGAGGAGACCAGCCUGACAAAAAACCUCCUAAGACCCUACCUUUACACUCUCGUGACUGGGAAAUAGAGAGUACCAGCAGUGAGUCAAAAUCCAGUUCUUCCAGCAAGUAUCGUCCAACAUGGAGACCAAAACGAGAAUCUCUGAAUAUUGACAGUAUCUUUAGUAAGGACAAAAGGAAGCACUGUGGCUAUACCCAGCUUAGCCCCUUUUCUGAGGAUUCAGCUAAAGAAUUUAUACCAGAUGAACCAAGCAAACCACCUUCUUAUGACAUUAAAUUUGGUGGACCAAGCCCCCAGUACAAGCGCUGGGGCCCAGCACGGCCAGGCUCUCACCUUUUAGAGCAGCACCCCCGACUAAUCCAGCGAAUGGAAUCUGGCUAUGAAAGCAGUGAGAGGAACAGCAGCAGCCCCGUCAGCCUGGAUGCAGCCCUGCCUGAGAGCUCAAAUGUCUACAGGGAUCCAAGUGCUAAGAGAUCAGCUGGGUUGGUUCCUUCCUGGCGUCAUAUCCCAAAGUCGCACAGUAGUAGCAUCCUGGAGGUGGACUCCACAGCAUCCAUAGGUGGCUGGACAAAGAGUCAGCCUUUCUCAGGUGAGGAGAUAUCUUCUAAAAGUGAACUGGAUGAAUUGCAGGAAGAGGUGGCCAGGAGGGCGCAGGAACAGGAACUUCGAAGAAAACGGGAGAAAGAAUUAGAGGCAGCGAAAGGGUUUAACCCUCAUCCUAGCCGCUUCAUGGAUUUGGAUGAACUGCAGAAUCAGGGGAGGAGUGACGGCUUUGAGAGGUCCCUGCAAGAGGCAGAGUCAGUAUUUGAAGAGUCACUGCAUCUGGAACAGAAAGGAGACUGUGCUGCAGCUUUGGCUCUCUGUAAUGAAGCUAUCUCUAAACUAAGACUUGCCCUGCAUGGUGCCAGCUGUAGCACGCACAGCAGAGCCCUAGUCGAUAAGAAGUUGCAAAUCAGUAUUCGAAAAGCACGGAGCCUGCAGGAUCGCAUGCAGCAGCAGCAAUCACCACAGCAGCCGUCGCAGCCCUCAGCCUGCCUCCCGUCACAGGCGGGGACUCUCCCUCAGCCAACAAGUGAACAGCCUAUCCCGCUCCAAGUAUUGUUAAGCCAAGAGGCCCAACUGGAACCCGGCACGGAUACAGAGUUUGGGGCCAGUUCUUUCUUCCAUUCACCUGCUUCCUGCCAUGAGUCACACUCAUCACUAUCUCCAGUGUCAUCUGCCCCACAGCACAGCUCCCCCAGUAGAUCUGCCUUGAAGCUUCUGACUUCGGUUGAAGUAGACAACAUUGAACCCUCUGCAUUCCACAGGCAAGGUUUACCUAAAACACCAGGAUGGACUGAGAAGAAUUCUCAUCAUAGUUGGGAGCCAUUGGAUGCCCCAGAGGGUAAGCUGCAAGGCUCUAGGUGUGACAACAGCAGUUGCAGCAAGCUACCUCCACAAGAAGGAAGAGGCAUUGCUCAAGAACAGCUAUUCCAAGAAAAGAGGGACCCUGCUAAUAACCCCUCCCUGGUGAUGCCUGGAAUAGCCACCUCUGAGAGGGGAGAUGAACAUAGCCUAGGCUGUAGUGCUUCAAAUUCAUCAGCUCAGCCCAGCCUUCCCCUGUAUAGAACCUGCCACCCCAUACUGCCUGUUGCUUCUUCAUCUGUGCUUCGCUGUCCUGAUCCUGUGCAGAAAACUAACCAAUGCCUCCAAGGCCAAAGCCUCAAAACUUCAUUGACUUUAAAAGUGGACAGAGGCAGUGAGGAGCCCUACAGGCCAGAGUUUCCCAGCUCGAAGGGGCUUGUCCGUUCUCUGGCUGAGCAGUUCCAGAGGAUGCAGGGUGUCUCCAUGAGAGAUAGGAGAGGUUUCAAGGAUAUAAGUUUGUCAGGUAGUCUAAGGAAGAACUCUUCCCCUUCUGAUUCUAAGCCUCCUUUCUCACAGGGUCAAGAGAAAGGCCACUGGCCAUGGGCAAAGCAACAAUCCUCUCUGGAGAGUGGGGACAAACCACUUUCCUGGGAAGAGUCCACUGAACAUUCUUCUCUUGCCUUAAACUCUGGGCUGCCUAAUGGUGAAACUUCUAGGGGAGGACAGCCCAGGUUGGCAGAGCCAGACAUAUACCAAGAGAAGCCGUUCCAAGUGAGAGAUGCUAGGUCUAAGGAUCUGGGCAGCAGUGCUGACUUGGGGACUUCCUUGCCUUUGGAUUCCUGGGUGAAUGUCACAAGGUUCUGUGAUUCUCAGCCUAAACAUGUGGCCUCUAGGCCAGGAAUGAAGUCCUCCCCUCAUGAUUCCCAUAUGUGUGUAACCUAUCCAGAGAGAAAUCACAUCCUUUUGCAUCCACAUUGGAACCAAGACACAGAGCAGGAGACCUCAGAAUUGGAGUCUCUGUAUCAGGCCAGUCUUCACGCUUCACAACUUGACUGUUCUGGAUGGGGGCAGCAGGAUACAGCCUGGCACCCACUUAGCCAAACAGGCUCUGCAGAUGGCAUGGGGAGGAGGUUGCACUCAGCCCCUGAUCCUGGUCUCUCAAAGACUCCAACAGCAGAAAUGGAGCAGAGUCUCCAUGAAGCCAGAACAGUGUGUACUUCUCAGGCUACACCUUGCCGAGGCCUCAGCAGGGAGUGUGGGGAGGAUGAGCAGUACAGUGCAGAGAACUUACGUCGCAUCUCACGCAGUCUCAGUGGCACCGUUGUCUCAGAGAGGGAGGAAGCUCCAGUUUCUUCCCACAGUUUUGAUUCAUCAAACGUGAGGAAGCCUUUGGAAACCGGGCACCGUUGUUCCAGCUCCUCUUCCCUCCCUGUCAUCCAUGACCCUUCUGUGUUUCUCCUCGGUCCCCAACUCUACCCUCCCCAACCACAGUUCCUGUCCCCAGAUGUCCUGAUGCCCAGCGUGGCAGGGGAGCCCCAUAGACUCCCAGGAACUUCGAGGAGUGUCCAGCAGUUUCUGGCUAUGUGUGACAGGGGUGAAACUUCCCAAGGGGCCAAGUACACAGGAAGGACUUUGAAUUACCAGAGCCUCCCCCAUCGUUCCAGAACAGACACCUCCUGGGCACCCUGGUCAGAGACCAACCAGCAUAUUGGGACCAGAUUCCUGACUACUCCAGGGUGCAAUCCUCAGCUAACCUACACUGCCACACUACCAGAAAGAAGCAAGGGCCUUCAGGUUCCUCACGCUCAGUCCUGGGGUGAUCUUUCCCAUUCACCCUCCCACCCUCCCAUUGUUCAUCCUGUGUACCCACCAUCUAGCAGUCUUCAUGUACCCCGGAGGUCAGAUUGGAAUUCAGAUCCUGUUCCAGGGUCCCGAACCCCUGGUCCUCGAAGAGUAGAUAUGCCCCCAGAUGACGACUGGAGGCAAAGCAGUUAUGCCUCCCGCUCUGGACACAGGAGGACAGUGGGAGAAGGGUUUCUGUUUGUUCUAUCAGAUGCCUCCAGAAGAGAGCAGAUCAGGGCUAGAGUCCUGCAGCACAGUCGAUGGUAAAGGUUACUCCUUUCCUUUCCUGGAGCUACACCUUUCUAUGUAAAACUGUACUGUGGGCCAGGCGCGGUGGCUCACACCUGUAAUCCCAGCACUUUGGGAGGCUGAGGCGGGUGGAUCACAAGGUCAGGAGAUUGAGACCAUCCUGGCCAACAUGGUGAAACCCCGUCUCUACUAAAAUACAAAAAAUUAGCCAGGCGUGAUGGUGCGUGCCUGUAGUCCCAACUACUCGGGAGGCUGAGGCAGGAGAAUUGCUUAAACCCGGGAGGCAGAGGUUGCAGUGAGCUGAGAUCGCACCACUGCACUCCAGCUUGGCAACAGAGUGAGACUCCGUCUCGGAAAACAAAACAAAACAAAAAAACUGUACUGUGGCAGCGUUGGUACCCUGCAUCACUGCCAUGGUUGUGCUAUUCUUAUCUCAACAUAGAAUUGGUGGGUUCUCCUAAGGGUGUCAGGAACCUCUAAAAAGACCUGAUUCUUUGGGAGGGGAUAUUUGAAAUUCCAACUUCCAUUCCCCCUAGCAAAAGGAAGCAGCUGCUGUUUAAGGGUUUUAUCUGAGCCACUUUAAAGAUGAAUCCAUGGUAUUACUCUGGAUACUACCCAUUCCUUAGGAUCUUAAGGUCACAUUUUAUUCCUGGAUGCUUUAUGUCCCCACCUCCACCUGAGCCCUCGUCCUCUGUUCCCUACUAUAUUCCCAACUUCUACUCUUUGUUUUAUCCACCUAUCCCUAUUACCUGACCCUUUGUCUUCCCUAUCUCCCAUCCUUGGGGGGACAUGUAGCCCUGUGGUCAUGUUUCUGAUUACAUCAUCAGGGCAACCCCCUGCCCAGGUAUUAUGGCCUGUCAGCAUUCCUUGUGCCCUCCAAACCUUAGGCCUAGAAUGCGGAGCUGCCAACAUAACAUCCACCCUUUUGAACAGAUGGAGUCAGGCACACUAACACAGCCUUCUGUCCUCAGCACAGCCAUCAUUACCACUUGCUCAGUUGUUGUUGUGAACCCUCAGAAUCAGCUGAACUAUUUUAGGCCAAACAUACUGUUUUUGUAAAGUAUUUUUCAUUAAUAAAUCUAUAAGAUAGUUCUAUUUAA